UCAUGAUAUUGUAGAUGAUUAUACAUAUUUUAAAUCGAUUUUGUUUGAUCAACAACAACUUGAUUUGAAAAUUAAAUUAUAUAUGUCUAUCGUGAAGCCUAUUGUUUUAAUGCACGUUGCUAUCUGUUCAAGUCUAAUGAUAAUGUUGUCGAACUCAUUCAUUAUGGUUUUCUUAUCAACAGGAUCAUUCACUUACAAAACCAUAAAUUUGUUUAAGAUCGGCAGUGGAAUUGUACAUUUAUGUGGGCAAUUAUUUCUAUAUUGUCAUUUAUUUGAUAAUAUGAACUUAAAGACAAACAUGGAUUUAAAAUUGAAAAAGUUAUUAUUAUUUACCAUGCAGAUCAACGACGCUAAUCAUGUAAGGAUGAAAGUUUCAACAAAAAAAAUAGUCAAUUUACAACUAUUUGCUAGCGUUUUGAUGACGUCCUACAACAUUGUAUCCGUCAUGGUAAAAACAAUGAAUAAAUAGAAAGACAUACUACACAAAUAUACAAUAGAUUAUC